AUGGAAGUUCUUGGAAUUUUGGCUCCAACACCAGAUAUUUCUACUCAAUUGGCAACUUAUGAGUCACUGGUGGAAUCAGGACUUGCAUCGCACGUUUCCCUUCCGCACUUCUGGUUUUUCCCGAGCCGUUAUACUCUGAAGUUCGCUGAGGCGCUUUUCGAAGUUGCCCACUUUGAUUCCAUCGAUUCCGGUCCAUCACUUGCAAAAUCCGACACCCGAAAUAUAUCGAAAUGUGUGCUGAAUGUGAGCGCUCUCAUCUACAAUGGACACGGUCGAUGGUGUGGACCGGGUGGAGAGGGAGAACCAGUGGAUGGAAACGAUCGGUGGGGGAAUUAUAAGACUGAUGGA